CACUUUACCAAAUGUCUCAACUGCUACGUAUGCAAUUCUUCCGUGGAUCCAGGAUGCCUUGAUGGUGAAUUUCAAGCCCACAUUAUUAACGCGGACGUUCAGCCUUUGCCAUGCAACGUUCGUGACGCUCGGUUCUGCAUAAAAACCACCACCAUAUACGGAGCCAUAAUGGGUACAACGCGGUUUUGCAGCAGUGAGUCUCUGGGUGAUCAAUGUCAAUAUGUCGACUUUCCCGAUCACGAUAGAAUUUAUCAAGCUUGUGUUUUCACCUGUGAAAAUGAUGCCUGCAACUCAUCGAGAGGUCACUGCCAAGAUUUAAACGUUCUUUUUAUGUUUUGCAUACUUAUAGCAUCUCUUAUGGAUGCAAGACUUUUCGUUUUUUAG